CUCUCUCUCUCUCUCUCUCUCUCUCUCUCUCUCUCUCUCUCUCUCUCUCUCUCUCUCUCUCUCUCUUACCCAUUUCCUCUCACUCUCUAUUAUCCUUUCAACUACUUUUUCCUACUGCCGUUGUAGCUGUCGCCUUCUACUUCAUAUCGCGCAAACAUCCCUAAUUACACAGCUAGUUCCUCAAGAUAAAAAUUUAACAACAAGACUGAAAUGGAUCCUCAAGUACAGCUAGCAGCCUGGGCACAGAUGCGUCAAAAGGAUCCUCAGCGCUUACUCAAAGAGAUCCAAUGCGACAUCAUCGCCUCUCCAACGAUUGCGGAUCCACUCUUUGGGAAAGACAGGAAGUCGAUCUAUACCGAUUUCUUUGCAUCAUCCAAGCCUCUUCGAAAGUUUGAGUCUAUCAUGGUUGAGAAUGUGCUACCGUUCUAUGCCAAUACUCACACCUCAACCACAUCGACUUCCAAAACUACUUCACGGAGUGUCAAGCUCGCAAGAGAGACAAUUGCUCGAUGUACAAAUGCGAUCACGACACCAGGGCAUGAGCACCAAGCAGCAAUUAUAUUUAGUGGGGAUGGGUCCACGUCUGCCAUCAAUAAGGUCCGUAAUGUCUUUCGCCUAACAGACGAGGCGUACUGGAUCCGUAGAGCGAUGAACGAAUCACAAACAACUCGAUCUGCUGUGGCCAAUGCUUGUACAAAUACCAAAGCCACAUUUGUGCCUGAUCGCCCGUGCACUUGCCCUCACAAUAUCACACACGCUGUCUCAAUUGCACAGCCCUCUGUUUCUCAUGCUCAUGCUCAAUGCAGAAACACCGCCAACACCGAUCCGAUUACUAUCCCGAUGGUAUCAACUUUAUCAUCAUUACCUUCUCCCUUACCUCCUUCCUCCUUUCCUGGAUCGUGUUUAUGCGAACAGAGCUAUUUCUCGUUUUCAACUCGCUUGGCUCCACAAUAUCGCCCAGUGGUCUUCCUCUCGAUCCAAGAGCAUCAUUCAAACCUUCUUCCAUGGCGUGAGAGCUGUGCAGACGUUAUAGUCAUUCCUGAGGAUAGGACGACUCAUCAAUUGGAUCUGAAAGUUUUGAAGCAGCAGUUGAUUCAACAUCAACAUCGUCCACUCAAGAUAGGCUCUUUCUCGGCCGGAAGUAACUUGACUGGUAUUCUGAAUGAUACCGUAGCUAUCUCGGAGCUCCUUCACCAAUAUGGCGCAUUUGCCUUCUUUGAUUUUGCAGGCGUGGGGCCUUAUGCUCCUAUUGACAUGAAUCCCCCACCUUCAGCUCCCUCGUCCUCGUCUUCCUCAUCCUUCACAUCCUUCACAUCCUCGUCUUCUUUUUCCAGCACAACCCACUCUAAUGACGGAUCAGAGAGCAGUUCGAGGAAUCUAGCUUACAAGGAUGGUGUGUUUAUUUCUACACACAAGUUCCUAGGCGGGCCCGGUGCAUCGGGAGUCUUGGUCGCCCGUCUUGAGAUCUUCGAAUGGGCCGAAAAACAUAAAAAUGGGCGCAUAUUUGACAACAGUACAGAAGACGGAUACCAACAUCAGUACAUCACCCCUACCGCACCAGGAGGCGGGACCGUGGAUAUGGUGAUCCAGAACAGACACAAGUAUACGAACCAUGCAGUGGCUCGUGAAGAAGCUGGGACGCCCAACAUCCCGGCCACUAUCCGGACGGGGCUCGUAUUCAGGUUGCAAGAGAUCAUGGGCCCAAAAUGGAUUUUACAGAAGGAAUACCAGCUAGCUAGAGAGGUCUUGAAAAGGUUGACGGCGCCAGGGUUCAUGCGCCAGAACGUUCACGUACUUGGGCUUCAAGCACCUUCAUUAUCUUCAUCAUCAUCAUCAUCAUCAUCAUCAUCAUCAUUACCGCCAUCCGCGUUGUUGGAAAGGAAUCGCAUAGCAGUCUUUAGUCUGACGAUCGCAGUUCCAAGAUUCCGGAGUCGUGAUCAGAAACGACCUUUACAGAUUCAUUAUGCAUUAUUGAGCACGAUCAUGAACGACUUUUUUGGGGUAGAGAUGAGAGGCGGAUGUAUGUGUGCAGGCCCAUAUGCUUCACAGUUGCUCAUGUUCGAUGCAGAAACAGAACUCAAGUUCUGGAACUUGCUACUGGGCAACAGCUCUGUCGAAGAGCAAGGGAUAGAAGGAGGAAGAGUAGCUGAGGGAAGAAGAGGCAAUACCACCAACAGUAACAUCCAUCAGAAGGACUUAUGCUCAAAAGCUCUCAAACCUGGUUUUGUCCGAUUCAGUUUUUCAUAUUUCACCAAGGACAAAGAUGUUGAAUUUGUGAUCAAAUCAUUGGAAUGGGUUGCCGAGUAUGGAUACCUGCUAAUUCCCCUCUAUCGACUCGAUGCGGCGACUGGUGAGUGGCUCAUUCGCGAGGCGGUUUACAAGGCUGUUUCGGCCGAGAUCUCGACUAGCAAAUGGAGAGCUCGUGGUUCGAGAGAGGAAUGUAUUUCAGUAGCGGUUGAUUGUAUUCAUGGUCUUCGCAAGUUGUUUCAAGAGCUAGUUCAGCCUGGUCAAUUGCCAAGCAGCUCUCAGCUUCAUCUUAACAAUGUACAUUCCCAAAGCAGCGUUAAUCAUAGCCAUGGUCACAACCAUCAAACUUCGGGCCCCUUAUGUCAUACCCAAGGACCUUUGGAAAACACUCUAACAGAUGUCCUCCACCACGACCUCACUCCUCAGCAACAUGACCUCGGAUCAGACCUGAAGCCCUCUCUUUCUCAGUUACCAAACGAAAUUCGAGACGACAAUGGUGGCAUAUCGGUGAAUAUUCGUACUAGUUGUGAAUGCGAUAGUGCAGGGGUGGAUGGAAGCUGCCCAUAUAAUGAUGUAGCAAUGCAACACCGACAGCAGCAGCAGCAGCAUGAUAUGACCCCUUCAUCUCCUAUCUCUAGUAACGAAUCCAUGUUCACAUCCACAUCUAAAUCCACAUCUAUAUCCGCGGGCGCUCCAUCAUCUUCAGCGCCUUCAACCCUUGAAUCUCUGUCCAUGUCCAAGGCCUCCAGUUAUCGUGCUAACUUUAGGAGAUUCUUAGGAUGUUUGCCCUUUAACAAAUCAAGCACACUUUCUAAUGGAAUCAAGAAAGAAGGGGUUACUCCAAGCAAGGAUCGUCAGAUUCAAUUGGACGCACUAGAGGAAUUGUCAUGGGAAAAGUUACAGGCAGAAGUGGACGCGAUUGAGAUCAAUGAUCUGGCUAAAGAGUUGGUUUGGUUUGUGUCGCCUCUACAAGUUGUACAGUUGUAUGUUCAAGGAUUGGAACUGAAACAGUUAAUUCCAAAGAGAACCAAAUAAACAUUUAAAAGAAACCAAAU